AUGGCGCGCUACAAGGUGAACAUCACAGCACUCAGCGAGACGGGUGCCCGCUACACCUUCUUCUGGAGAGCAGAGCGACGGGACGCGGACGUCGGCUCUGGCAUCGUGAAGCGACUACCCUGUCUGCCGCAGGGCAUCAGCGAUCGUCUGAUGAGCCUCCGCCUGCCUUUUCGGAGAGGCAAAUUCGUCACCAUCAUCAGCGUCUGCGCUCCGCCGAUGACCAGUCUUGACGUCACAAGUGACAAGUUCUACGAGGACCUGCACGCGCUCCUGGCAAAUGUGUCGAAGGCGGAUAAGGUGGUUGUCCUUGGUGACUUCAACCCCCCGUCGGAACAGGCCACGCUGCCUGAAAAGGAGUGCUAA